GACUCUUAUAAGAAUAAGCAGGGCAUAGUGCAUGUGUUGACUGUUGUGUUGUGCGUGAGGUAAAUCGUUGUCGAAUCUAACAAUGAUUAGUGAAAAUUAAACAGAAAAGUUCAUGAAAGUGUCGAUGAUGGUCUUGGACCAUUGUAGAUCCUGUUAUUUCUUUAAAAAAUAUAAGACUUUGUGGAUAGAAGCCCCGAGAAUUCCUAAGAAAGCUUCAAACCCGUUUGAAGCUUUCGAGGCCGAGUUCAUGGAACUAUGAACCUAGACUCGUUGUCUUUUACUUUGUCACAAAUAAGUUAUUUAGUUGCAUCUUUGAAUAAAAAGAACCAGAAAAAAGUUGUUACAGAACUAACGAAGUUAAUUUCUUCGUUUGGCCUGGAGGCGGACCGUCAGUUGCUCCAAUGCCUAUUUUCAUCAGUGGAAUUUUCAGAAUCUGCUAAUAAAGUCGCAGCUCUAUCAACCCAGAAUCAAGUGUUACUAGAGCAGUGCACAAGAUUAUUGGAUAAACCUUCACUAAUAACAUCUGUUUGUUACACAGUAAAUAAUCAGAUUUCUAAUACUAAGAAUCUUAAAUUUGGCCAACAAUUUUUCCAACAGUUGGGCAAGUGCCUUCGUCUCACAGCUGUUCAAGAAGUUGUUUUUGCUCUUGCCCUACGCCAUUCCCCCAACAGUGAAGUAGCCAGUUUAGCACAGACUCAUUUGAAAGCAAGUGUUCCAAAUUUAGUGCAAACCUACAUUGACACUCAAGGAAGCAGUAGGCAACACGAAGGUGGUUUACAUGAAACAUCUCCGGAAGUUUUGAACUUGAUUUUAACUGCAAUCUUAAAAUCGCCGAAAGAAGUUGGACUUUCAAACGAUAUACAUCAGACGUUCCUUAAUACAUUACAACGCGAUUUCCCUAUUGACUUAGUUCCGGUAGUUCUAGCGCCUCUAGUUUACCCUGAACAGUGUGAAUUAGCUCCCGAUAUGUCUUCCGAUGGCCCCGGUUUAUCCGGGGGUUUGUUAGAUACAUCAUUAGCUGAUGUCAUAACUGAAAUGGGAUAUAGUUUCACCUCAAGUAUAGAAGAAUGUAGAUCCAGUUUGGUGAAAUUGGGAGGUCGAGAUAUAACCCCUUCGGUUAUAGCACGGGUGUUAAGUAUUAUGUGCCGAACCCAUAGUGGCCUUGAUGACAUCCAACAGAAUAGUUCUUUUAAUAUAAAUGAAGUUAGAACAUCUUGGAACAUAGAUCUAUUUGUUCAAGCUGUGAAAGAAACUGUACCAAAUUUUCAGUGGAAAAAUGUUUUUUCAGAUCUGGAUCAUCCAGAUUUUAUGAUCAAAGAUAGACAAGGUUUAAUAUUGUUAAUAAGUGCACUUCGCCAAGGUCUACAGAGUCAUGGAUUUCAUCUUGAAAGUUCCUUUCCUAUUGACCAAUUUUAUAGGAGAUGGAAUAAUGUCGAUGGUCAAUUCAGUUUGAUACAGGCAAUAUUGAAAAAUUCAGAUGUAUUCUGUUUUGCUGAUUAUCCAUGCAUAUCUGUUGCAGUAGAUAUACUGAAAACACCCCCAGAGCAAGAUAAUAAAGAUCUGGCUAAUUGGAAAUCCCUGAAUCUUGUAGAAUUACUUCUAAACUUAUCAGAAUGCAAUUUAUUCAGCCAGGUUUUUGAGUUGUUCAAGUAUCCUUUGCACAAUUGCGCUGAUGUUUUAGUGCUUGCCCUACUACAAAUAUCAGGACCUGUAACUGUCUUACGACAAGAACUGCUGACAAGUUUGAUCCCUAUUUUUCUUGUAAAUCAUCCUAAUUCUGCAAUUAUUUUACAUCAUGCUUGGCAUUGUUCAAAUAUCAACAUUAGACCUGUUAUUAUGCAUGCCAUGGCAGAAUGGUAUGGUAGAGGAGAAUGCGAUCAAACAAGACUUUCCAGAAUAUUAGAUGUUGCUCAAGAUUUGAAGGCUUUGUCACUGCUGCUAAACGCUCAAAAUGCUCAGUCUUAUCCAUUCAUAAUCGAUUUAGCCUGUUUAGCAUCCAGAAGAGAAUAUUUGAAGUUGGAAAAAUGGCUUGCAGAUAAAAUUAGAGAACAUGGAGAUCCAUUCGUAAUGGCCUGUGUGAAGUUUUUGCACAGAAGAUUUCCACAAAUGACCGGUAAAAUUGAAGAACCACUAACGAAAGCAGCACCUUUACCUACAGAAACAAUUAGUACAAUGUUAUUAUGUUUACAAAAUACUUUGACUAGUGUCGGGCCAGAUUGCCACGAAGCAAUUAUGUCUAUUGGUAAUCAGUUUUCGUUAGUUCUAAAAAACAGAACACAACCAACUAUCCUCAGACCGAGUGGUACCUUCAGUACAACAGCUUUAGCAGGACAGUUAUACAAUCACACAUCAGUGGAAUCAAUUUCAGGUCUCAGUACAAACUUAGCUAAUAUGACUUUAGGAGGGCCUCCUAGCACAGCUUUUAACCUUCAAAGUGGAUUAGGUCCCCUGGUUCCUUCACCAGGUUCUCCUUCUAGAAUACUGAAUGCUGGAACUUCUAAUAGUCCAUUCUCAAUGAUUCAAAUGCAACAUCAAGGACCUGUUGGUACGAGUUCAUCUUUAGUUUUAGGUGUUAAUCAACUUAACAAUAUCGGAAGAAUGGGCCCAGCACCUACCUUAGAUAAGGCCAGACUCCAAGAUUAUAAUUUGUUUCCUGAAAUCUCUCCCAAUGUAUCUAAGGAUAUUGAAGAUGAAGCAAAUAGCUAUUUUCAGAGAAUUUACAACCAUCCACCCCAUCCAACUUUGACAAUUGAUGAAGUUCUUGACAUGUUGAAAAGAUUUCAAGAAUCAAAUAACAAACGUGAGAGAGAGGUUUUCAACUGCAUGCUAAGAAACCUGUUUGAGGAAUAUAAGUUUUUUCCUCAAUACCCAGACAAAGAAUUGCACAUAACUGCACAACUUUUUGGUGGAAUAAUUGAGAGAGGAAUUGUAACUUCCUAUGUGGCGCUUGGUUUGGCCCUACGAUUUGUUUUAGAUGCCCUUAAAAAGCCUGAAGGUUCAAAAAUGUAUUAUUUUGGUAUUGCUGCUCUAGAUAGAUUUAAAUCUCGUCUGAAGGAGUAUCAUAAGUACUGCGAACAUGUCAGGGCCAUUACUCAUUUUGUUGAUUUUCCACCCCAUCUCCAAGAGUAUGUAGAAUAUGGAUUGCAGAGCUUAGAGCCACCUUCAAAACCUCAGGGCUCUACUUUACCAGCCAGUUUAACAACAAUGUUAGCACCUAAUAGUAUGCAAGUUACACAAAGUUAUAAAAAUACCCCUGCAGUUAGUUCUAAUGCACCUAGUAAAUCAAGUACAACAACAACAAGUACAUUGGGAUCCCGACCAUCCAUUGCUAAUGCAACAAAUAUUGAUACCCUAUUGGUAGCCACAGAAAAAGAAGAUAAAAUAAUUGCACCUCCGGAUCCUGUUCAGGAUAAAACUGCAUUCAUAUUCAAUAACUUGAGUCAACUAAAUUUGAAAACCAAAUGUGAAGAACUGAGGGAAAUUUUACUUGAAGAAUACAGACCAUGGCUGUCACAGUAUCUGGUAAUGAAGAGAGCUUCAAUCGAACUUAAUUUCCAUGGUCUCUAUUCCAAUUUUCUUGAUACGUUGGGAGUUGCAGAAGUUGUGAAGCUGGUGACUGAAGAAACUCACAGAAAUAUAAGAGUAUUGCUGAGAUCGGAUAAAGUGAUAGCUAAUUUCUCGGAUCGUUCUUUAUUGAAGAAUUUAGGCCACUGGUUAGGUAUUAUGACAUUAGGAAGAAACAAACCGAUUUUACAGAAUGAUCUUGAUCUUAAGUCUUUGCUUGUUGAAGCGUAUAAUAAAGGGUCCCAAGAGUUACUUUAUGUAGUGCCGUUUGUAGCGAAAGUUUUAGAAGCAUGUUCAAAAAGUAAAGUUUUUAAACCGCCAAAUCCUUGGACAAUGGCCAUAAUGAAUGUUUUAGCAGAAUUACAUCAAGAACAAGACUUGAAACUUAAUCUUAAAUUUGAAAUUGAAGUUCUUUGUAAAAAUUUGGAGAUCGAAGUUAAUCAGUUGAAACCAUCUGUUUACUUGAAAGAUCCUGAAAGAAUUAAAAAAAUUGAAUAUCAGUUGUCCCAACAAGCCAAAAAGGAUACCUCGAUAUCUCAGGUCCACACGCAAGCACCGAAUCUCUCGGAGUCUGAAUUAUCCAAUAUAGGUCCUGGGCAGCCUACCAAUACAACUCCAACAUCUGCUACUCCUGCACCACCAGAACCGAAAUAUAGUUACAGUGACAUUCAAUUGGCAGGCAUGGCUGCUAUCAAUACACUAACGGUUAUCAAUCAGAAUAUUCUACUUUUUCAAACAACUCCACAACUCAAAUCGGUAGUUAAACCCGCCAUUGAACGAGCAGUUCAAGAAUGGAUAGGACCAGUAGUGGACAGAUCCAUCAAAAUUGCUCUGCAAACAUGUGAAAAUAUAAUAAGGAAAGAUUUCGCAUUGGAUCCUGAUGAAAAUAGAAUGCGACUUGCAGCUCAUUAUAUGGUUAGGAAUCUUACUGCUGGAAUGGCAAUGAUAACUUGCAGAGAUCAACUUCUUUCUGCAAUAAACACCAACUGUAAACAAGCUCUGUUAAAUACGUUGAAUUCACCAACAAUGCAACAAAAAGAACUCGUUGAACAAGCCGCGCUGAUUAUUGCUACUGAUAAUAUGGAAUUGGCAUGUGCCUUCAUACAAAAAACCGCUGUAGAAAAAGCUAUUCCUGAAAUUGAUAAGAGACUUAUGAAUGAAUAUGAAUUGAGGAAAAUUGCAAGGCAAGAAGGAAGACAAUUUUGUGAUCAAACUAUCUACACCUAUCAAAUGGAUAGAAUGCCUGAACCAAUUCGACUAAGAAGCACAGUAACACCAAGUCAAAUGCUUGUUUAUGAGGAGUAUGCUAGGAACAUUCCUGGUUUUUUACCCAGUGAACGUGACAGCACUAUUAUGAUCACGAAGCAUCAACAUAUGGAAACAUCUCAACAUAAUGUUGUAAAUUCUUUCUCGAACUCUCAAGGAAUUCAAGGCGAAGAUACAAGUAUACAUUUCGAUAAAUUGUUGUUGGAUUUGGAACAAUUCAUUCAGGCUAUAGGUGCGCAAAGCCAGUAUAAUCAUUUCAACACGAAUAUGAUUAUAUUGAGAGACUGUUUGGUACACACUUUACGAGCGAGGGAUAUUGCUACUUUACAAACAUUAGUUCAAAAGUGCGUUGAAAGUCUUCAAGAGUGUUUGAUAGGAGGACAAUCGGACAGCGAUCCUUUUGUUGUGAGAUUUAAAGAAAUAGUAAUCAGAAUCAUGAAAACUUUACAAGAUCCGAGAUUCUUUGGUCAACAAUGGAUGAGCAAAUUUGUAACUAGAGUACUAAUGGAGGGAAGAGAUGAGUACCGAUACAACAUAGAUGCGCUAGAUACCCUUAUCAAAUCUGGCCUCAUAAAUCUGCCUCAACUUGAUGUGAGCCUUGCUCAACUGAUGGAUAAUGGCAAUAAUUACAUGGCAGUUAAUUGUGCUAUGCAAAUAGCUCAACUAUAUCUGAUUGAUGACCGAUCAAACCAGUUCAUAACUGAAAAUGACUUAUUGAAUACUAUUGACAUGCUAGCCAAAAUUCAGUCUCAUAAUCGCGCAGUACCUGAAGGUCUUGGGGCAAUAAUAGAUAUUUUACGACAAAAUCAUGAGACUUCAACGUUCUUCGGUGACAGAACUCCAUUUGGGCCAACCGUUCAUAUUCAUAAUGGCGUGCUUCAGGUGAGGGCCCCAAAUUACGAAGAUCCUCCUGGUCUUGUUGAAAAAACUGACUUUCUUUUGAGAGAGUGGAUUGGAAUCUACAAUUCCCAACCUCAGGGUAGGGAUACUACCAAGCAAUUUACUAUGUUUGUUCAUCAAAUGAAUGUUCAUGGUAUCCUCAAAACUGAUGACUUGAUCACUAGAUUUUUCCGUUUAUCUACCCAAAUAUGCGUAGAGACUGUGUACAGAAGCCUGACUGAUAAGUCAGUGACAAUGAACUUGACAAGAGCAAAGAUUUAUCACACCUUAGAUGCCUUUGUAAAAUUGGUUGCCCUAUUAGUAAAACAUUCUGGUGAAGCCAAUAAUACAAAUACCAAAGUGCAUCUGCUGAACAAAGUUUUGGGUAUUGUAGCUGGCUGUUUACUUCAAGACCAUGAUACAAGAGUGAUAGACUUCCAUCAACUACCUUAUCAAAGAAUUUUCACAAUGCUCUUUUUGGAACUCAAUUCUCCCGAACCUGUUCUCGAGACGAUCAACUUCCAUGUCUUAACGGCCUUUUGUCAUACCCUGCAUAUAUUAAGACCAUGUAAAGCCGCUGGAUUUUGUUAUGCUUGGCUGGAACUAGUCAGUCAUAGAGUAUUUAUGGGAAGAAUUCUUGCUACAACACCACAUCAAAAAGGCUGGCCAAUGUACGCGCAAUUACUCAUUGACCUGUUCAAAUACCUUGCACCCUUCCUCAGGAACGCUGAAUUAGCAAAACCUGUUACAAUGUUGUAUAAAGGAACACUGAGGGUCUUGUUAGUCCUUUUACAUGACUUUCCGGAGUUCUUGUGUGACUAUCAUUAUAAUUUCUGUGAUGUUAUUCCACCUAAUUGUAUUCAAAUGAGGAAUUUAAUUUUGUCGGCAUUCCCUAGGAAUAUGAGGUUGCCAGACCCAUUUACCCCAAAUUUAAAAGUGGACAUGUUGCCUGAAAUAUCUUAUGGUCCUCGUAUUCUAGCAAAUGUAUCGAUAAUGAUAACACCUGCACAGUUCAAAAAAGAACUUGAUUCUUACCUUAAGGCUCGUGCUCCAGUAACAUUCCUUUCAGAGUUGAGAAGUAAUUUACAAGUUUCCAGCGGACCUGGAGUCCACUAUAACAUUCUUUUGAUGAAUGCACUCAUACUUUACGUAGGGAGUCAGGCUAUUUCACACAUCCGCAGUAAAGGCCACACCCCUAACAUGUCAACAAUAGCGCACAGUGCUCAUAUGGACAUCUUCCAAAACCUGGCAGUUGAUUUGGACACUGAAGGAAGAUACCUUUUCUUGAACGCCAUUGCGAACCAAUUACGAUAUCCAAAUAGCCACACUCAUUACUUCUCUUGUACGUUGUUGUAUUUGUUCGCUGAAGCAAACACAGAGGCUAUACAAGAACAAAUAACUAGAGUCCUCCUUGAAAGACUGAUAGUAAACAGGCCACAUCCCUGGGGAUUACUUAUCACUUUCAUUGAACUAAUAAAAAAUCCUACAUAUAAAUUUUGGAGCCACGAAUUUGUUCGAUGUGCACCAGAAAUUGAAAAGUUAUUUGAAUCUGUGGCCAGAUCAUGUAUGGUUCAGAAAACUUUAGGACAACCACAGGAGCCAGAACUGCAAGAAUGAUACUAUAUAAAAAUAUGAAACAUGUGAUCUGUGAACUGUACAUAGUGUUAUUAAAAAAUCAUUAUUUUCAUCUUUGAAGCUUGUUACAAAUCUUUUGGGUUCUAUGACUAUAAACUAAGAUUAGGAUGUAGAUACUAGCGUUGUAAUAUAUUAGAUAUUUUUAAGAAUUUUCAAAUAUUUGUAAUUAUAUAAAUAAUUCAUGUAUGUAUUAAAUGGAUUUCAUGUUUUCCAGGAUUUAAAAA